UUUGAAGGCAAACCCACAAAUUUGUGAAGUAAAUGGUCAUAAUAAGUUAUAUUCAAAACUGAAGAAAUUGGGGACAACAAGCAUCGACCAUGGCUAGCCUCCAGCUCAAGACUGGCUUGACUUCCUCAUUGACCACAACAAGGCCGGUUGCACCCAAAGGCCUUUCUGGUUCACCUCUUAGGCUCUUCCCUUCUUCCCAGAGGUCUUCCUCCACUAUCAAGGCAGUAAAAACCGACAAGCCUACAUUCCAAGUCGUCCAACCCAUCAAUGGUGACCCGUUCAUUGGAAGUCUCGAGACUCCAGUGACAUCGAGCCCACUAAUUGCAUGGUACCUUUCAAAUCUUCCAGGAUACCGGACCGCUGUGAACCCAUUGCUCCGAGGCAUUGAGGUCGGGCUAGCCCAUGGGUUCUUCCUAGUGGGCCCAUUUGUGAAAGCAGGCCCAUUAAGGAACACAGAGUAUGCAGGUGCAGCAGGAUCACUAGCCGCGGGUGGGCUUGUGGUGAUCCUUAGCAUUUGCUUGACUAUGUAUGGAAUCGCAUCAUUCAAAGAAGGUGAACCGUCGAUUGCACCAUCAUUGACUUUGACCGGGAGGAAGAAACAACCUGACCAACUUCAAACAGCCGAUGGUUGGGCUAAGUUCACUGGUGGAUUCUUUUUUGGUGGGAUCUCCGGUGUCACUUGGGCUUUUUUCCUUCUUUAUGUUCUUGACCUUCCUUACUAUGUUAAAUAGGUGAAAUCCUAUUUGGGCUUUUUCAAAUUCCUAUUGAUACAUGAUCGCUCAAAUUAUGAUACACUUUGCUUGUGCUUAUGGAAGAUUGUAAAAUACUUUAUGGUUUAAUUAUUAUAAAAACAAACAAACUGAUAAUCAA